AUGAAAACAACGCUGCACCCACGUCACGCGGUUGCCAACAUCGAAGGGCAAUUAGGCAAGGGACCACCGCCUACACUACCGUCAACAGUUGCUUCCGUCGCUUCAUCAGCGACUUUCUCUUUUGACGGCUUGUCACCACACAUGGGUCAUCCGCGUGCCGGGCUCGGGAAGAAUACUGUAGCGGGAGCCGUUGCACCUGCAGCCGUACGGUUGACUUCCAAGGUCUGCAGGCGGCAGCACUGUGAGUUGGCUGUCGCAAUCCGAGAGGAGCGACCCGGACGUGCCGCCGGUCACACCUUCUCCAAGAGGCCACAUGUCGCUUCGGCCGCUCAUCGGCAUCUUGAGGCCCCGGGCUGGGAAACGGGGGAACGGUAA